AUGGAGGUCUACAUCGACGACAUGCUGGUCAACUCCCUGGAGGCGGAGGACCACAUAUCUCACCUACAGCAAGGCUUCUCCGCCCUCCGGAAGUAUACCAUGAAGCUCAACCCAGCUAAAUGUUCAUUUGGGGUCAGUUCUGGUAAGUUCCUCGGGUACAUUGUAACCCACCGAGGCAUCGAGGCCAACCCGGAGCAAAUUAGGGUCAUUCAUUCAAUCCCUUGCCCAAAGAACGUCAAGGAGGUUCAAAACCUAACGGGAAGGAUGGCGGCCUUGAGAAGGUUCAUCUCCAGACUCUCCGACAAAUCUCAUGCCUUCUUCGGAGCCCUCAAGAAUCCAAGGAACUUCCAAUGGACGAAAGAGUGCGAAUCCGCUCUCCAAGAGUUGGUCCUCCACAAACCCGAAGUCUCCGGACGCCUAGCCAAAUGGGCUGUGGAACUAGGGGAGUACGACGUAAUAUUUCGACCUGCCACGGCUAUAAAGUCACCGGUCCUAGCGGACUUCGUGGCUGAAUUCUCCUCUGCCUUACUCCCAGCUUUGGAGCAGGAGGUACGCCUCCGAGGCGAAACUAAGGAAGAGGUAGAAUGGAUCCUGCACGUUGAUGGAUCCAACAACGUUAGAGGAGCUGGAAUGGGAAUAGUGCUUACCUCGCCGACGGGGAACACAGCCUCUAGGACCGUGAGAUGCAACUUCAAAGCAACCAACAAUGAAAGCGAGUACGAGGCCCUAAUCGCAGGUCUAACUCUCGUCCACCAAAUGGGGGCAAAAAACAUCCAGGGCUUCGACGACUUCCAGCUGAUAAUCAACCAGAAUUUCAAGAGCUGCAAGCUCACUCAAAUCCCCCGGGAACAAAACUCGCAAGCCGAUGCCCUGGCUAAUCUGUGGUCCGCCCUCGAAGCGAAUAGCCAGAUGAGUACACCCUUGCUUGUGCUUCAAUUGCCAGCCACCCUGGAGGAACCCCCGUCAGAGGAGGUCUCCGCUGUCGAAGAAGGCGAAACAUGGAUGACCCCCCUUGUCCGGUACCUGGAGGCCGACAUUCUCCCGGAAGAUCGUAACAAGGCCAGGAAAAUUAAGAAGCAAGCCGCGAGGUAUUGUAUCUCACAGGAGAAGCUGUACCGGAGAUCCUUCUCUGGCCCGUACCUAAUGUGUGUCACACCUCGAGAAGCUGCUAGAAUCCUUGUAGAACUAUAUGAAGGAGAUUGUGGAACCAACUCUAGCGGAAAGAGCCUAGUGCUCAGAGCCAGAAAGGCGGGUUACUACUUGCCCACGAUGGCCGCCGACGCUGACAAACAAGCAAAACACUGCGACAAGUGUCAGAGGCACUCUCCAGUCUCAAAGCUUCCCCCGAAGAACCUCAAGUCCAUAAGCUCACCAUGGCCCUUCAGAAAGUGGGGCAUGGACAUUGUAGGGAAAUUCCCUAUGGCGCCGGGGCAGAAGGUCUUCCGUCUGAUAGUCACUGACUACUUCUCCAAAUGGGUUAAAGUAGAAGCACUCAGCAGCAUAACAAACCUCCAUAUCUACAAAUUCCUAUGGACCUACGUAAUCACUCUCUUUGGGGUCCCCCGAAUAGACAACCGAUACCGGGAGCCUCGCCACAUUCCUUGA